AUGUUGAAUAUAAAUGCUGAUCGACGAAUCCGACUAGUUGAAGAAUGUCCAAUUGAAUAUACAGGAUAUUGCCUUAACGGUGGUGGUUGUAUUUGGGAUGGCACUAAUGCUGCAUCUUGCUUUUGCGUGAAGGGUUUUUCGGGUAAACGAUGCGAGAGACUAAUCCCAUCGAUGCCAGUCACAACCAGCGAACGCAAUCUAACUUCGUUAACCAUUUUCAUCGUGCUUCUUUCGGUGGUACUGUUGAUUGGUGCUGCAUUGGGUAUUGUGGCGAUACGAUAUCACUUCAAACGUUCACGUACUAAUAAAUCAUCAAUGUAA